CUCCUCUCCUCUCCUCACCCAACUCCAACAACAGCAAAUCCACAAUUGACCUUUUGCCUCAAGGCUUUGGAGCCACAUGGCUAACUCGGACUGGCGCAUGAGCUUGGACUUCUCUGCUCGUUUGUCAGCUGUCACGAAAAUAACAUGUGCUUUGCAGACGUCGGACCCAACUCUCUCGCCAGAAGACGCCCGCAGGGACGCUGCCAUAGCUGAAACUAGACUUUACCAUGAAGCGCAGUCGAUUGUAAAGAACUCCAGGGGGUUAUCAUAAGCGACUAGUUGACGGUGCUACAGGAGGACUAUGAACGACGGGGCAAUGCAAAGAUAGCCAGCCUCCCGCGACCAUCGCUUGAAUUUCCGACAUUAGAGGAUGAAGAAUAUGUCCC